AUGAAUACGAGCUUCGAAUCCACUCAGACCUCGUCUUACAGAAGGAGAUUUGGAACUGCCGGCACAGCUCCUGGGAGCAGAUACAGCUUCACCAAGAGGUCUGUUUUGCCAGUCUCCUCCAGAAGCUCUGUAGUUCAAAUGAAACACGUUAACUACCCAACUAAAGUGAUGUACCAGGAGAGGCUCAACUUCACCCUGUCAAAUGCCCUCAAUGCAGAGUUCAAGGAGACUCGAACUAAUGAGAAGUUUGAGAUGAUGGAGCUCAACGAUCGCUUUGCCAGUUACAUUGAGAAGGUGCGCUUCCUGGAGAACCAGAAUAAAGUCCUGGCCACUGAGCUUAACCAGAUCAAGGGGAAGGAGCCCAGCCGGCUGGGGGAUAUGUACUUGGACGAGAUCCGGGAACUGCGGCAGCAGAUGGACCAGCUGAACAGUUCCAAGGCUCGCCUGGAAAUCGAGAGGGACAACAUGCUGGAGGACCACACCAACCUGAAACAAAGGUUACAGGAUGAGAUCAAUCUGCAUACAGAAAUUGAGAGCAACUUGGCCACGUACAAACAGGACCUUGAUGAUGCUGCUUUGGUUCGGGUUGAUCUGGAGCGGAAGAUCAAUUCCUUGCAGGACGAGAUUGACUUCCUGAGGAAAGUCCAUGAUGAGGAAAUUCGGGAACUGCACGUGCAGCUGCAGUUGCAGCAGGUCCAUGUUGAGGUAGAUGUCUCCAAGCCUGACCUCACAGCUGCCCUGAAGGACAUCCGCACUCAAUACGAAUCUGUGGCCAGCAAGAACCUGCAGGAGGCUGAGGAGUGGUACAAGGCCAAGUUCUGCGAUCUGACCGACGCUGCCUCGCGCCAGUCUGAAGUUCUGCGUCAGGCCAAGCAGGAGGUGAAUGACUCUCGCAGGCAGAUCCAGUCCCUGACAUGUGACCUGGAAGGUCUGAAGGGCACGAACGAGUCAUUGGAACGCCAGUUGCGUGAGAUGGAGGAACGCUUCCGUUUUGAGACCAGUAGUUACCAGGACACCAUCAGCCACAUGGAGACCGACAUCCAGAACCUGAAGGAGGAGAUGGCACGUCACCUACAGGCAUAUCAGGACCUGCUCAAUGUCAAACUGGCGCUGGACAUUGAAAUUGCCACCUACAGAAAGCUGCUGGAAGGCGAGGAGAACCGAAUUUCGAUGCCUGUUCAGAGUUUCUCCACUCUCCACAUACGAGAGACGAGUCUGGAAUCUAAAGGUUCCACUGACAUUCAAGCAAGAAGGAAUAUUGUGAUAAAAACUGUGGAGACCCAUGAUGGACAGAUAAUUAAUGAAUCCAGUGCAGAACACAAGGAAGUGGUGUAACUAAAUGUUCCAGCCCAGUGGAACAAGGGAUAAGCGUGGAAACCCC